CUGCUGAUUGGAGCGUGAGUAAGCGAAAGGGGCGAGAGAGUGUUGAUCAGAGAGACUUCCCAAUACUCCAUUCAGAUUCAUCGUGUCCACUGCACAGGAAUUCUUUUCUAUUCUAGAGGCGAAGCCAUUGUACUGCGUCUACUUUUUGGCUCGGCUAAGCCGAAGAACACGCAAACAUGAGACACUUCCUAUCGUUUGCCUUGGGUACCACCUGUGCAGCGGCCAGUUCAGCCGAAAUUGUCACGGCAGGUACAACUUAAAAGGUUGUUGCAAAGCUGCAGAAUCUUGUGAUUAUGUAUGAUGCAGAUCCACCACUUAGAUGCCUACUUGCUAUCAUUUUCAAAAAACAGACGCCGCGGACUUGCUGGAAGAGAAAUUGGCCCGGCAGUCCCUGCUGGAACCAAGACAGGCGGAACUCGAGCAGGCAUCUUCGUCGCUACUGCAAAUGCAAACCACCGCGGUAUCCUGUGUAAAAACGUCCCCACCCCAGAGUUGUCAUGCAGAUUUGCCACGACAGGAACAUUUGUGAUGCGCAACCCCAUGAGAGGCAUUUUCAAUCGUGUUUGGGAACUUGUAAUGCUAUAAACAGGAUCAGCAGGUCGAUUUGUGAUGCGGCUUUCCUUGCUAACUUGCACUACCUUACGGACUGAAACUUGUCAUGUGUGACUCCCAAAACUCCUAGGUUUGUGUUGCAAAAUCCCCAUCCUGACUCUGGUAUGGGUACACUUUUACUCAGGAUACGCGGAUGCGGUAUCUUGAGCUGUUUGGCGACACUACUAAACCCUCAGAGGCGUAGUUCUUUAGUGGAAAAGGUUGUUAUGUCAAAGUCAAUUAUGGCGCGAAAGCGAAACGAAAAGUACUAUGGCGAUGUUGAAACUCGAAUCGUCAGUACAAAACCCAAUACAGGAGCAAAGCCCACAGACGGGCGGGCAGCUGGACCAAAUGAUUGACCAGUUCGCAGACACCUACGCGUCGCAGUUUAUGGCGGAGUGGCGACGCGGUUGCCUCAGUGCCGAUGGAUUGGACGCUACCAACUGCAUGGCCGAUCUGGACGCUAUCACCGCCUUCAUGCUGCAGAAGAUUGCGGAGGUCCCACCGGCCGGAGUCACUGUGAAUGCAGCUGUGAGCAGGUAAACGUCUGGUGGCUGGAACGUUUCCAAAUGGAAAGCAGCGUGGCUUACAACUGCUUUGCAAUGAAGAUAUGCUGACAACUUUUGACAUGUGCAUGCUGGGUACUGUGGAAACAUUUUAUACCAAACCAAUAAUUUUUCGUACUCUGGCGGAGUUUCGUUCGCAAAUAGUUUCAAGUACAUGAGCCACAACAAUAGUUGUGAGCGGAAAAGGUAUGUGUGGUAGUUUUUUCAAAAAAAAAAAACAAAAUGUCAUGUAAAGAAAUCGCAAAGAAAGCAAAUCCAUGCUAUAGAAGUCC